AUGCUGUUGACAGCCAUUACAGCUUCAGGAUGGCUCUCAUUAACUGCCGGCUUUGCUGUCGGGUACAGUGCGGUCCUCCUUCCAGACCUUGAGAAGGAUGAAAAUUUUCCUUAUGAUGAUAAUCUCGCUUCUUGGAUUGCUUCAAUUAUUCCACUAUCAAUGAUUAUCAGUUGUGUCUGUGCGGGAUCAUUUAUCGACAGAUUUGGAAGAAAAGCUGGCCAUAUUAUACUCGGUGUGCUGUCGAUACUUAGUUGGCUGGUAAUAGCAUUUUCCACCAAUAUAACUCUUUUACUCAUCGGUAGAUUUGUUUCUGGUUUUGCCGUUGGAUCAAAUAGACCAGUGACUUUGGUAUACCUUGGUGAAAACACUUCACCAAAAUACAGAUGUUUUUCUUUAUUAUGUCCAUCACUCUCACUUUCAACGGGCAUCCUUCUGAGUCAUAUAAUAGGAGGAUAUAUCUCAUGGAGAAUUAGCAGUUAUAUAUAUAUCGCAGUCAAUAUUUUAUGUUUAAUUUCUUUGUUCUUCUUAAAAGAAACUCCUUUGUGGUUGAUAUCGAAAGGAAAGAUCGAUGAAGGAAUUAAGUCAUUUUUAUGGUUCAGAGGAAAAGGAAGUGAAGCAGAGACAGAACUGAAAUUAGUUUUGCAAAGGCAGAAUGAAAAAACAGACAAAUAUUUGUACAAGGAUGUUUUUAAUAUAGCAUUUAUUAAGCCGUUUUGUACAGCAAUAUUAUUAGCGAUAGUUACACAAUUUAAUGGAGUGAAUUCAAUAACAUUUUACGCCAAGGAAAUACUUGGAAAUACUGUAAAUGGUGAAAUCGAUCCAUUUAUACUGAUGGUAAUGUUUGACAUCAUCAGACUUUUAACCUUCAUUCUGAUUUUUUGUUGUAAUAAAUAUAUACCACGUAAGAUUUUAUUUUUAGGCGUAAAUUUUUGUUGCUGUUUUUCGUUAUUUGGUCUAGUUGCCUUCUUAUCUCUUAUGAACGUUUCGGAAUACAUAUGGUUAGCAGUGACACUUAUUAUUUUAUAUACAGUGUUUGGUUCAAGCAUUGUAGUCUUAGCUUGGACAUUUAUACCAGAAUUAUUUUCUAAUAAUUUAAGAGGAUUAGGAUCAGGACUAUCAGCUUCUAUGUCAUUCUUACUGCUUUUUGUUUGUGUGAAAAUAUCUCCAGGUUUUAUAGCAAAUUAUGGUGAAAUUUACAUGUACGCUUGUUUUGGGGGGAUAACAGUUGCAACGACUAUUAUAUUGUGUUUUAUUUUACCUAAAACAAAUGGCCGAACGCUGCAAGACAUAGAGGAUACUUACAAAAAUAAUAAUACUGCUGUUUAAUAAUAAUU